AUGAUUACAAAGCUCGACAGGGCACUACUACCCAGAAAAAAAUUCAUCUAUCAUUACAAGAACAUGCGCUGGGCAAGAGGUCGAUGUGAGACAUACCUCUGCUUUGUGGUGAAGAAGCGAGUGGGACCAGACUCCCUGUCCUUUGACUUUGGACAUCUUCGCAACCGCAACAACUGCCAUGUGGAGCUGUUGUUCCUGCGCCACCUGGGAGCGUUGUGUCCUGGCCUGUGGGGUUAUGGAGUCACUGGUGAGAGAAAAGUCAGCUACUCCGUCACCUGGUUUUGCUCCUGGUCUCCCUGUGCAAACUGCUCCUUGCGACUGGCUCAGUUCCUCCACCAGACCCCCAACCUCCGCCUCAGGAUCUUCGUAUCCCGGCUUUAUUUCUGUGACUUGGAGGACAGCCGUGAAAGAGAGGGACUUAGAAUGCUGAAAAACGCUGGCGUGCACAUCACAGUCAUGAGUUACAAAGAUUACUUUUAUUGCUGGCAGACCUUUGUGGCAAAAAGUCAAAGCAAGUUCAAGCCGUGGGAUGGGCUGCACCAAAACUAUAUCCGGCUGUCAAGGAAACUCAACCGCAUUCUUCAGCCAUGUGAGACAGAAGAUUUAAGAGAUGCCUUCAGGCUUCUUGGACUGUGAAAUAUUUUCC